UGUUUUUCAUUGACAGCCUUUAUAUAAUGUUGCAUAUAAAGAAACGCGGCGUCUUGACGCUGGUAUCGUAUGUAAUUAGUGGGUCCUGUAAUAUAUAAAAGAUGGCACCUAAUCACCAAAGUCAUCAGUAUAUUGUUUGCCAUGGAAAUGUGGUCGAUGAUUUUUGCCUUACGUUGUUGAACGGGGGAAUGGUAUCGAUGAAGGUGGACCUGAACUGUACAAGGUAACACGAAAACAAAAUGGCCGGUAUUAGCUGAAUACCUUGGGGCGUUUGCAUCAGUCGACGACAUCACUUACUGUCAGGAUGCAUACAUAUAAGAGAAAAUGGUGGCGGCCGGAAAGGCGACGAAAAAAAGAAGACUGAAGAGAUGCGAUCCAAGGCGAAUGAUGGCGCUUCGAAAGAUGUUCGUGGAACAAUGUCUAAAGUACAGUGGUACGCCGUAUAAACGAAAAUAUCACGAGCCUGGCACUCGUGAAUACAACUCUCCUCUUUUUCUUGACUGCUGUGGCUUAAUCAGAAAGGUUUUGCAAGAUCUUAAAACGGAUUUUGGGUUCGAGAUCGGGCCUUGGAAUCAAACAUAUAUGUACGACACACUGCCAAAUACGAUCCUAAGAGAAAGCAGUAUGAAGCCUGGUGACUUGGUAUUCAUAUCCGGAGUCUAUUUUAAUGAGAAAAUGAAAUCCCAGAUACAUGGUAUCGUGCAUGUUGAAGUCUGGCUGGGAGAAGGGAGGAAAACAAUUGGAGCUCGGUGGCACAAAGGUGUUGUUCAGAUAUUCGACUCCUACAGAUUUAAGAGCACAAGUUAUCACAGCAUGAAAUAUCAUUUCAAGUCAAUCAACCCCUGGUUGAUGGGAAUUUGCAAAAGUCACUGCCCAAUGCACGCUUGGAGAACUCCUGGAGAUUUUCGACCAUCGAAAAGAUCGGUAUUGCAUAUUAAAACAAAACAACAGCAACAACAACAACAACAGUCUAAACAACAACAACAAAAUGCAUCUGAUGUCGAUCAAUCUCAGAAUACUCCGAGGAACGAAGAACAGCUUACAUGCAUCGAUUUGCAGAAAUCUAGAACAGUUGAUAAUUCCGAAGACAAAAUUUUACCAGUGUUGGGUUCUUCUACGGAUGGUCGUUCAAAUAUAUCCACCGCGUCUUCAGAAGAUAGUCAAGAGACUUUAAUGAAGGACAUUCUGCUAAGUGGGAGUGGAGUUGUCGAUCUCCUUGCAGAGCAAUUACGUAUACUUCCGGUUCAAGACCAUGAUACUCCCCCUGCACUCAAGAAAUCACUCACUUAUAUUCAAGUUACAAAAAGCAUCACCCAAAAUUCAGAGGAAGCGAAUUAUUCAAGGAAAUGUUCAUCAUCUAGAGGCCAAUAUGUGGAGAAACAAUCACCGCGACAUGGCGCUACUGAGAAACAAAAUUGAUAAUAGCCCUAUACGCUUAAUAAAGCACGUUUUUAAAAUGUAGGCAAUUCACAACAUAGAUGAUUGUUCCCCAUUUCAAGCAUUAGCGCUUCUUGUCCUAGCCUUUCAAAUUUUCGACUGCCGAACGUUGGCCAUUAAUGAAUUGUACUGAUUUAUGUAAUGGCCAUGCUUGAUAUUUGAAUCAGUAUUAUCCAGCACAAUUUUGCCGAGUAAAGAGGUUUUAGCAAUGACUUUUUUGUAUUAUUAUUUAUAAUUUAGUUACUUAUAUUGAGUUUUUUGUUUUUUACAAGUUCAAUUUAAAAAAUUACCUAAUUCACUGUCAUACUGCGGUAAUUAAAUUAUUAUUUUUACUCAUUUAGUCAAUUGACAUUUUAAGUGAGUACUAUUACUAAAUAGAACAUAGAAUUGAUCAUAGAUAUACCACAAUCUUGUUUGGAGAUAGAUUAGAAAUACAUAGAUCUUGAUAAUUACUAAUCGAUUCCAAAGAACAUACUCAUUUUUCUAUUAGGUACGUAUGCUUAUUAUUUUGCUUAUUGCUUCACGAACCGCAUAAUCACUGUCUUGUUAUUUAAUUAUCGUUUAGUUUUUUAGUCGAAUUGGAAAUAGAGUAUA